AUGGACCGCCGCAGCCGAUCUCCUCCCUCUCUCUUCGACGAUCAGGUCCGUUGACAAAGCCCCUCCGGAUUUCUCUCUCCGGCAAGAAUUUGCCGAUCCUGGUGGCCGCCGUGGCUUCAUGCCACAGGAUCAGGAUCCUGUUCAUCAUCAUCAUCAGAAUCGCAGAAGGGCGAUGAGCAGAGUGAGCAGCUCGAGAAUCUCAGAGAACGGGGAGUAACAGGGUUCUUCGUGGUGGACGCAGGUGGGGUCAAGGGCUUCACCGGGUGGCGCAGACUCCACGCGAGUUUAUUCUGAUGAAGGCGGCGGCGUUGCUAGGAGUUUGGCGGAGGAGCUCGCGGCGGCGCUGAUGAGCGUUCAUGUGAAGGAGGAGCUGGUGAGAGAGCACGCCAGGGUGUCGGAGGAUGCUGUUUCGGGUAGGCUGAGACUCCUGGAUGGGACUCUUUAUGUUUUCUUCGCCAUGAAUUCUCCCUCACAGUUUCCACACCUCUCUUUCUCUCUCUUCAGCUUCUUCUCGUUAAAACUGCUGAUCUGCCUUCUGCUCCCCCCCCCAGAAACACCUAUCGUGCAUCUCUCUCUCUCUCUCUCUCUCUCUCUCAUGGGUGACCGUUGUCUCUCUUGUUGCUCUUCUUCGGGGACCGGACCAUGCAGGUUGGGAGAAGGCAGAGAAGGAGGCCGCAUCCCUGAGAGACCAGCUCGAAGCCACAGCUCGGAAAAACUCCUCCCUCGAGGACAGGGUCGUCCAGCUCGACGGCGCCCUCAAGGAAUGCCUCAGGCAGCUCCGUCUCUCCAGGGACCAGCAGGAAGAGAGACUCCAAGAUGCCCUCGGCGACAGGGCCGAUCAAUGGCGGUCGGAGAAGUUCAGCCUUGAGAUCCGCAUCCUUGAACUCGAGGCCCAACUGGAGACCGCAGAGAAGAAGAUCGCCCGUCGACCCCUGCUCGAUGCCCUAGAGAUGGAAAACAACGAUCUCAGGUUGAAGAUUCUCUCUCUCGCCGAGCAGCUUCACCUCCAGACGGUGGAGAGCAUGAAGAAGGUGAGCGCGCUCGAAGCCGAGAGCCGCCGGCUCCAGGCCCUGGCUCGGAAGCCCUCCUCCGGCGAUCUCACCUGGGAGAUUGAUCUCAUGGACGACUUUCUGGAGAUGGAAAGGCUCGUCGCGUCGCCGGGGAGGGAAACCAGGAACGGCUCGCCGGAAGCGGAGCUCAGAGAUCUGCUGGAGAGGACGGCCGAGUUGGAAGAGAAGGCCGAGACGGCGGAAACCGAUAAGUCACAGAUGGAGAAGCUGCUGGCUCAAACCAGGGAACGUCUGGAGGUCACACAGCGGCAGCUAGAAGAAGGCGAGAGGAAGGCGGAGGAUCUGUGGAGCCAACUACAGAUGACCGGCGAUUCCAGAGCGCAAGAGCUGCUGGAAAAGGUUCGCCGGCUGGAGAAGAUCAUCGAAGAAGAGCGAGCUCUCUCGGCGGAACUCACAGGCAAGUGUCAGAGGUUGGAGGAGGAGCUCUCGAGGAAGAGACCAGAAUCAGAGCUCCGGCGAGCGGCGAUCUUCCCGGGAAAACUGAAGCUCGAAAAGGUGACCGCGCCGCCGUUCCGGCGGUUCCAUCUUCCUGCCAUCGAAAUCUGACGUUUUCUUCCAUCUUCCUGUGCACAGACUGCCGCCGCCGGGAAGCUCCACGACUGCCAGAAGACGAUCGCCUCUCUUGGGCAGCAGUUGAGAUCGCUAGCAGCAAUCUCUGAUUUUUCUUCGUUGUUUGAGUCUCACAUUGGUUCUAUGGUGUAG